AUGGAGUCUAGCCAUGAUGCCCAUCAUACGCACAUUGACUUAGUUCAUGUCUCUUUGCCCCACGAGGCUUAUCUGUGUGAUUACGGAGAAGACUGGGCAGGUGUCACAAAUCAAAGGGAGAGAAGAAAGCUGCAAAAUAGACUCAACCAGAGAGCUCGUCGCCGGAGGAAAGCUCAGCGAGGAGGUGCCGGGGAAGAUGUGACCACCUCACGCCAAGCACCAUGCACGAGCAUCAUCGCUUGCUCCGAAGACGACACGAUGAUGGGGGAGGCAACAACAGACAAUGUGGAUCGAAAACGUGGGUUCUUACACCAAUUUGCCCAUAGCGCCCUUGCAAGCUACGCAACAUGUCAGCCAAGUGCAGACCACUUGCUCCGACUGAUCCAGCACAAUGUCGUGGAGAGCCUCACCAUGAAUUCAGCUAUGCUCGGCUUCACCGUCGACUGGCUUCUAUGUAGCUCAGUUUCCCCCUUUACUGUUUAUGGACCGGAGAAGGAAUCAGGUGGUGGGGUUUUUCAGACGUUGUGCCCCUCAAACCUCCUUCCGACUGCGCUUCAAAAGCGUAUCCCGCAUCAUCCAUGGGUCGACCUGUUCCCUCUUCCUCAGAUGCGUGAUAACUUUCUGCUGGCUAUAUCGAAUAGCCUUUUCAUAGAGGGAGAACAGAAGCUCUGGGACGAUAUGAUUGAAGUAUGCGGCCAGACAGACUGGGGUGGCAUGAUAGUAUGGGGUGAGCCUUGGGACCCAAAGAAUUGGGAGGUAACGCUGCCAUUCUUCAAGAGAUGGGGAUGGCUGUUGCUAGGGUGUCAUGAAAUCUUGGAGGCCACGAAUCAUUGGCGAAGGCAGAGAGGUGAAAGGCCUUUAGAAUUUCCGUAA